UUGGGAUAACUAGUGCCCGGGCUGAAAGUCCUGCAGAAGGGAACUCAGGCUCCAAGCACAGCGGCAGGAGCAGGGACCGGAGCGGGGCCAGGGGGGCUUUCCUCCCCCAUAGACAGUGCCACACCAUGGUGCAGCGGGCAGACAGCCUGGAGCUGGACAGCAGCAGCAGUAGUAGCAGCCACCCGGCCGCGGACAGCGAGGAGGGAGACUUCCUGGCCGGCAGUCCCGCAGCCCUGGACGACAGUGACCGGGACUGGUGCAAGACGGCCACCGGCCACAUCAAGCGCCCCAUGAACGCCUUCAUGGUCUGGUCCAAGAUCGAGCGCCGAAAGAUCAUGGAGCAGUCCCCGGACAUGCACAACGCCGAGAUCUCCAAGCGCCUGGGCAAGCGCUGGAAGAUGCUCAACGACGGCGAGAAGAUCCCCUUCAUCCGGGAGGCUGAGCGGCUGCGGCUCAAACACAUGGCCGACUACCCCGACUACAAGUACCGGCCCAGGAAGAAGCCCAAGCUGGACGCUCCUUCCUCCAACAAGCCGGCUCUGGGGCAGCAGUCCCCGGAGAAGAGCCCCGGGGGCGGCAUCAGGAGCAGCAGCAGCAAGUCCUCGGCUAAGAAGUGCCCCAAGCUAAAAGCCAGCAAGCCUGGGGGCAAAUACCCACAGGGGCACCCGGGGAUGGACGAGGACUACGUGCUGGGCAGCCUGAAAGUGAGCAAGGCGGCAAAGUGCGUCUUCAUGGACGAGGAGGAUGAGGAGGACGACGAGGAGGAAGAGGACGAGAUGGACGAGCUGCAGGUCAGGAUCAAGCAGGAGGAGGACGAGCAGCUGAUCGCCUACGGUGCGGCCAAGGUGCCGGCAAGUCCCACCCUCAGCUCCUCGGCGGAGUCAAGCGAAGGGGCCAGCAUGUACGAGGAGCCGGGCAGCGCCAACAGGCUCUACUACAACUUCAAGAACAUCACCAAGCCCAGCGCCGCGCAGCCCACCGUCACCCUGGCCCCCUCCUCCCGAUCAGGGUCUACCUCACCCAGCGACAGGGACGACCUGCUCUUUGAUCUCAGCUUAAACUUCACCCAGAACCCUCAGGCAGCCGAGCUAGGGAACCCCAAUUCAGGAAACCUCUCCCUCUCCCUCGUGGACAAAGACCUGGACUCGUGCAGUGAGGGCAGCCUGGGCUCCCACUUCGACUUCCCCGAUUACUGCACCCCAGAACUCAGCGAGAUGAUUGCAGGGGACUGGUUAGAGGCCAACUUCUCAGACUUGGUAUUUACCUACUGAUUUAUUUAUUUUUCUCCCCCGUUUGUUAUUUUAAUUUUUGUAAUUUUUGUAUUAAUAUUUUUGGGCAGGCGAAAGAACAACAAACUGGGAAGGGGUGGGGGACCAUUUUUUUUUAAAAAACAAACAAAAUUCAUCAAGAUAUUGGGGAAGGGGUGGGGGGGUGGGGGUCUUGAUCCUUGAUUUCCUUGCCUGCGAUUUCUGGCAAUUCACUGUAAAAUUAGUGAAGAUGAGGAAGAAGACAAAACAGUUACAAAAAAAAAAUUGCAAGAUAAGCUGUUGAUGGUCAACGGUCUGGAAAAUGUUGUAGAAAUGUAUAUUUCUUGGCAGCUGAGCUGAUACUCAAGGGGGUCGUUUUGUGUGAACUAUUAUUAUUUUACUGACACAUUUCGAAUCUGGAAAAAUCAAAAAAAUAAAGGACUAAUGCAACUUCUUUUUUGGAGGGAGAAAACUCAACUCAUCUCUUCUAUGCAUCCAAUUCUUAAAGCUGCAGGGAGCUGAUAACACAGGACAACCGCUUACACUUAACUGUGAACUGAAUUCAAUCAGAGUUUUUACUUUUUGCAGAUCAAAAACAAACAAACAGAAAAACAAAAACAAAUGUCUCUGGUUUUUCACAAUGUGAUUUUAAUUGCCAACAUUUUUUGUAACUUGUUCCCUUUAUACCUCCUUGAAUUUCAGACAACCCAGACCUCAGUACAAAACGUAAAGGUAUUGAAACAUUUUUUUGAUACAUAAGCAGACCUCAGUCUUUUUUAAAAAUUGAGAUAUUUUCAGGCGUAUUUUUGUACAGUUUAAAAAGGGAACAUUCCUGCUGUCCUUGGUUUUUGUUGUUGUUUUUAAAGUGAGACGUUCAGGCACUUCCUAUGGUAUAUGUUUUUUUUCUUUCUGAUUUUAGCAUGCAAGUCUGUUGAUAAAAUUAUGUCCUGGUAUAAGGAUUAAAAAUGGAAGAAAAAAAAUAAUCCUUGCAUCUAAAAGGCCUUGUGGUUUUAAAACCUUAUUUUUAAUUUCUUUUUGUACAGCUGUAGUUCAGAUUUGUCCAAUAUUUGUAGGUAAAGAUUUAUUGAAAUGGUGACCUAGACCUCAGAGCUGUUAGCUUAAAGAUUGUAUAUGUACUGUAAUAUAGUAGGAUUCUAUGUGUAUCAUAUGCUGUGAUCUGUGGAUGGGGCCUGACGGAAGGUAUGAAACUGGAUGCUGGAUUUUUUUUUUAUAAGUUUUUUUUUUUAGCAAGAAAAGGCACAUGAAUAAGGGUUUCUAAAAAUGUGCAAUAUAACCUGAACAGAAGCAAGUUGAGUACAGACCAUCUGCAUAUUCUAAAGCAAAUGAUGGAAUAACAGACUUGUGCACUGUCUACAUCAUUGCCUGUUUUCCUAAUGCUGAAAGUCUGUAUAUUGAUGAUUUUAAUAAAUCAGCUGGAACUGAUAUAAAUUGG